AUGGCCUCAGACGACCCCCAUACCGGCGGCGACCUCUUCGACAUGGCCGCAACCGGCACCAAGAUCCCCGGUGACGCCGGCAAAAUGAACAUCAUCCCCUCCGUCCCGCGCCCCGACCAGAUCGAAGGCGACCCCAACUUCGCAAAAGAAGGACUCGGGGCCUCCGACACCGCCUCCGCAGCCGACAACGCGACGGAUAUCCCGCGGCGGAACCAGGACGUUGGCGCCACAGGCGAGGUGAUCACAGGAACGGGGGACCAGCUGCCGGCGGUGGUCGAGAGCAAGCGGCUGCAUGUUGGGGCCGGUGAUCCGAGGGCGAAGGGACAUGAUAGAUAUGAGAAGCAUGCGCGGCAGAACGAGAGCGAGAUUGAGAGGUUGCAGGGACAGGGCCCAGAUGUGGAGGCUGCGCCGGGGGAGGAGAGGGAUACGCAGGAUCAGAUUCGGGAGAGGAAGGAUGGGAAGGAUGUUUAG